AUGUCAAAAAUGAAAAAACACUGAAAGUCAUAUUAAUUUAGAAAAUAUUUGCCAAAUACAUUCCAAAUUUACGAGUUUACUAAUGUCAUAGGGGUAAUGAAUUUAUCACGAAAAAUAAGGGAUUCCAUUGCAAAAUAUGAUAAUUCAGACUGUGCCGAAGUAUUGUUUAGGAAAGAUUGUCGUCCAAAUUGUCCACCAUACGGAAGAAAUAAUUGUUCUGACACAUGUGUAGCAGAAGACAGUUGUACAUUCACACCCAGAUAUUGUCGGGAUCCAUGCGCUGAUAAAUAUUGUGAUCGUGUUAUAUCAGAGUGUUCAUUAAGAAGUCCGACAGGUUCGUUACAUAAUAUGCGUUAUUCAGCAAUGAACUGCAGUCGAUUAUGUCGAAGACCAUGUCCAUCACCAUCGCCAUGUUCUCAUAAUCCAUACCCAAGACCAAUUAAGCUCAGAUAUGGACCACCAGAUUGUCCACCAAGGUGUUCGACGUUCAUAGAACCAUGCGUUAAUGAUCGAUGCUGCGAUUCAUGUGACGAAAGAUUUCCACGAGCAUGUGACUCAAUUAUAUUAUCGAAAAAUCGUAUUUCAAGAACAAGACGUUGUGGUCCAAGAUACCCUUGCAGGUCACCAUGUGGAAGCCCUAGGUGUAAGAAACCACCGUGUAAUUACAGAUAUCCUAGAAAUUGUGUAAAACCAAGAGUAUGUUGUGAUGGGCCACCAUGUACGCCAUCGUAUAGAUCACCUAUGAGAUGUCCAUCACCAUGUAGUCCUCGAUGUGAUCCAAGUUGCGAUCCUUGUAAGCCAAUUCGCUGUGCAUCACCGUGCCGACCCACAAAAUACUGUCCUAAGCCGCCAAGAUGUAGUCCUUGUAGUCCAGAACCAAGUGGUCCUUGUGGUCCAGGUCCAAGUAGGCCAUGUAGUCCAUGUCCACCGAAAAGAUCCACAUAUUGUGGACCAAGAUCAAGAUGCCCCCCAAAUUGUGAUUCGUAUAAAUACCCAUGUUUCUAUUAUGAUAAAUCAUGUAAUAACCUUUGUGUAAAAAUGGUUGAUGGAUGUGCUGUACCUAAUUCUGAAAGUAAUUGCUGUGAGCCUUUACCAUCGUUAUUCUGUUCUGGGUCAGGUACUAUGUUUUCAAUAAACCCGUAUGGCAGAGAUAAUUGCUGUGGGGAUUACAAUUACAGAAUUAAUAAAUUGAGAUCUUUGAGUAAUAUACGUUCAGCAAUUUUUAAUGAUUGUAAUGAUAGGUGUAGACCUAGAAGGUGUACCUCACCUUGUCCUCCUGGUGGGAGCCAGUGCUCAUCUCCUUGUCCACCCGGCGGAAGUGCAUGCCCUCCACGUGGACUAAGUGGCGGUGCACGCGGACCUUGCGGACCUAGUGCCGGUGUAUGUGAACCUUGCGGUCCUGCUGGCGGUGCAUGUGGGCCUUGCAGACCUGGCGGAGGUGGUUGUGGACCUUGCGGACCUGGUGGUAGUCCAUGUGGACCCUGCGGUCCUAGCGCUGAUACUUGUGGACCUUGGAGAUCCAGUGGUGGUCGUAGGCCUUACGGAACUAGCGGCAAUGCUUGUAUGCCUUGUGGUCCUGGUAACGCCACUUGCGGUCCUUGCGAACCUGGUAGAGGUGCAUGUGGACCAUGUGAACCUGGAGGAGGAACGUGCGCACCUUGCCCACCAAGAACUCGUCCAUAUCGAAACGAUUAUUAUGAUCCUUGUAAGCCCUGCCCACCAAGACGCCCGUGUAUACGAGUGAAAAGUUUAUGCUUUAAUGAUUGCUAUUAUGGAUCGAGAAGGCCGUAUCUUGAUAGUUGUGGGCGCCCAAAAACAUGCCCCACACCAAUUUCACCUGAGUGUAAUACAUCAUGUAAAUGUUCAGGAUGUACAAUGUUUGGUCCUUCAUAUUGUGUACAACGUUCUAAUUCUCGAGUACCGUGUUUAUGUGCAAAGUACCCAUGUUUACCAAAGUUUUGUUGAAAGUUUUUGUGUGUUUUUUUGUAUAACAUGUU